GUGCUCCCUGGGAGCUGUAGUUUCGCGUAGGCUGCCAGGGCAGGGCGGCCGCCCGGCGGCCCCCGCGCGGCGGACUGCAGCUCCCGGCAUGCAGCGGGGCUGCCGCACACCCGCACGGCCCACCAUGGCGGCGGCGCUCGGCAGACUGCGUGGGCUGCUGGCAGCGGGCCCCACCAGGCCCUGGGGGCAGCCAGCCCCCCUGGGCACACGGCUCCUGGGGCGGAACUGCCACCAGCCAGCGGGGCCACGGGCCAGCCCGGAGCCCAGAAGUGGGGGGCUCCCCGAAGGGGUGGAGUACAUCCCCACGCGCAAAGCCAAGAACCCGAUGAAGCCGGUGGGGGUGGCCUGGUACAGUCUGUACUCCCGCACACGGCUCGGCUACUUCUUCUACCAGUGGCAGGUGAAGAAGGCCCGGGAGCGGUACCCACACGGUCACUCCGUACCCCAGCCCUGCCACUUCCCUGGGGUGAAAAUCCUGCCCAUUCCUGUGCUCUCCAACAACUACAGCUACCUGGUCAUCGACACUGGCUCCAGCCGAGCAGCUGUCGUCGACCCCUCUGACCCUCUGGCUGUGCAGGCUGCUAUUGAAGAAGAGGGUGUGAUGCUGGAGGCCAUAUUCUGCACCCACAAACACUGGGACCACAGCGGGGGGAACGCAUCACUCCGCCAGCGGCACGGCUCCUGCAAGGUGUACGGCAGCUCCCUCGAUGCCAUCCCGGAGCUCACCAACCCACUUGCAGACAGGGAGAAGGUGAGCGUGGGCCGCCUGACCUUCGAGGCGCUCACCACACCUGGCCACACUGUUGGCCACACGGCAUAUGUGCUGGAUGGGGGGCCCUUUGGUGGCCCCCCCUGCCUCUUCUCCGGGGACCUCCUCUUCCUUGCCGGCUGUGGCAGGCUGUUUGAGGGCUCCCCUGAGACCAUGCUCGCCUCCUUGGAUGUAGCCAUGGGCUUGGGUGAGGACACACUGCUAUGGCCAGGGCAUGAGUACGCACUGGAGUGCCUGACCUUCGCCAGCCUCCUAGAGCUUGACAACCCCGCGCUGGAGCAGAAGCUGCAGUGGGCGGCACAGCAGCGGCAGGAGAAGAGGAGCACGUGCCCCUCUACGCUGGGGGAGGAGCAGACCUACAACCCCUUCCUGCGGACCCACCGGCCCGAGCUGCAGGCAGCGCUGGGGCUGCAGCAGGGUGGCGGAGAACACCCUGAUGCCUUCCGCGCCCGUGUCCUCAAGGAGGUGCGGAGGCGCAAGGACCUCUACAAAGCCACCUAGACUCCUCUGCCUGGACACCCACUUUCCAUGGAGCCAGGUGCUGCUCGGGCACAGAGGGACCAGGGACUGUGGUUUGUUUUGCUGUGAAUCUCCCUCCUGGGGUGCAGGGCUGGAGGGUAGGAAGAGUGGACUCUCCUCCAUGUGGGCACCCUGUAAGUGAUCCCUGCCUUUGCUCCCCCAGACUUGGGGGUCACCAGCUGUCAUGUAGAAGCACCUCGAUCCCCUUUCUGGGGGUCCAUAACCCUCAACUCCACUGCCAAGGCUGUAAAGACAGCUCCAAGGGCUUUUCCUAUCACCCCCCUGUUUUUCUGGGAGCCCUCAAUUUCACCCUCAGCACUCAGGGAGUCCCCCCUUUCCCUGGCAGCCCCCAGUGCUGUGCAUUUCCUUUGGGGUGGGGCUGGGAUGGAGCCAGCAAGGGGUGGGAGCGCAGUGCUACCUCUAGGCAAGUGGUUCUUCUCCGGCACCCCAUGCUUGGUGCCAGACCCCCCUGCUCCCCAUACACACAUUGGGAUGGGGCCAUGAGAGCACACUGGUGGGGUGUGGGAGCAUGCUGCUGUACUGGGGACUGAAGUCCCCUCACCAACCCCCCAAAAUAAAAGACUGGGUCGGGUUUA